ACCCUUGUGACUGCAGCCCAUGGGUUGGACCGGAAUGCUUGUUUCUCCCUGCAGAGAAAAAAGGCAGAUGAAGCAAUAAUAAACACAGUAUCAACCUCCCGCCCCCACCUGCACACGCCCAGGGGUGGCGGAGCUUCCCUGACUGGCUGAGCUGGCUGUGCCGAAGCCUGUCCUCUACCUGUUCAGUGUGAGAGGCACCUGUCAGACGAAAAGGACUUUCACUCUGCUCUGACCAGACAUUUCCCAGGUUGGACAACUGACAAAGUCAACGCAGCAAGCAACAAGCAUUGAAAAUGUCAAUGUCAAAAGGCGACAGGCAGUCUGUGCUUCGGACAACAAAGGUUCGGACAGCCCUGAAAGGAGACAACAGCUGGAUACAACGCCGCGCUGAGGCUCAAGCGGAGCAAGAAGAGAAACCAUGGCUCGCAGAGGUUAGAGGGACACGCACCAAUGGAGAUUCUGAUGAGUCCAGUUCCGUGUCCCCGCCCACCAGCCCUUCUGCGGCCCCAGCUGCAACUCCUCCAUCCCCCACUUCAACAAGCCCAAAACCACCAUCCGCAGGAUACCUGAUCAGAGGAGUUUUCACAAAAACCGACACCAAAAAACCAACUUCCCCAUUACCAUAUAAUGGCUCCAGCCCCUCCAGUACUUUCACUCCCAAGAAGCCAAGUGACUCAUACAAGAAAAUAGCGCCUCAUUCUGUGCGAACAGCUUCAGAAAGCUCUGCCCCAGCUGAGACAACACUGUCCUCAGAGGAACAGGACAAGAGAGCGGAGGCAGCCAGCAGCGUUCUCAGAACCUCAGCGGCUAAACAGCGCUCCUAUGUCCUCUCGGCAGCCAAGAAAUACGAGUCCCCAGAGAAAGCAGACAGUCCACUGUCUCCUAACAGUGUAUCUUUCGUAGCUAAAAGGGUGGAGAUUAGCGACGAGGAAGAGAGUGCCCCCACUGAUGCUCAAAAUGAUGUCACCCCUCGUGUUCCCACCCCCCAGGACACAGUUCCACAGCCCACAAAGCAAUCGAGCCCUGCAGCGAGCACAAAGGUUACCAUUUCUGACACAAAGAUCUCUUCUGCUACGUCCAGUUCUGUGGAAACAAAGAAAUUGAGUCCUGCCCCAAGUCCCUCUGCCCCAGUCAGUACUAAAGUCGUCAAGCCAGCCUCAGCCCCAGACACAAAGGCCAGUCCUGCCAAAAUCAGUCAGGUGGUGAAAGCUGAACCAGCACCGGUAUCCAGCAAAGAUUCGGGAAAAGAUGUCCUCACAUUGACUAAGAGUCCACAGGUGGAAGCUGAACCAGCCCCGUCUCCCACUGAUGAUUUAGAGAAUGACGAUCUCAUUACGGUCACUGAGAGUCCACAGGUGGAAGCUGAACCAGCCCCUUCUCCGGCUGAUGAUUUAGAGAAUGAUGAUCUCAUUACGGUCACUGAGAGUCCACAGGUGGAAGCUGAACCAGCCCCGUCUCCCACUGAUGAUUUAGAGAAUGACGAUCUCAUUACGGUCACUGAGAGUUCAGAGGUGAAAGCUGACCCAGCCCCAGCCCCCAGUGAUAAUUUAGAGAAUGAUGACCUUAUCGCACUCGCUGAGAGUACGGAGGUCUUGGUGGAUCCUGUCCCCAGCACAACUGACAUCGAGUACAGUCACGACCUACUCUCUGGUCCAGACAGCAGCCAAUCAGAAAAGACGGUGGUCUCACUGGACAAGCUGGCUGUUGAUUUCAUACCCAUCGACACCAACAGGAAAUACCUCAGCACAGACAGGCCUUUGGAAGAUACCCGUCAAUCUCCGACAAAAAAGCAACCAGCAGACACACAGAGCCCACAGGUCUUGGUGGAUCCCUUGCCCAGCAGUGCUGACAACCCGAGCCAAAAUGUCGUCACCUCAACAGUGAGUGUCAAGGAACAAAAGACAAAGUUUGAGGACCUGAGCAGCACACAGACUACUAUCAGGACAGUUCAAUCAUCAUCUGAAACAGUCAAGACUACAACUACCAAGAGCACAAUUGAGUUUCCAUCUGAAACAGUCAAGACUACAACUACCAAGAGCGCAAUUGAGUUGCCAUCUGAAACAGUCAAGACUACAUCUACCAAGAGUACAAUUGAGUUCCCAUCUGAAACAGUCAAGACUACAACUACCAAGAGCACAAUUAAGUUGCCAUCUGAAACGAUCAAAACUACAUCUACCAAGAGCACAAUUGAGUUGCCAUCUGAAACAGUCAAGACUACAACUACCAAGAGCGCAAUUGAGUUGCCGUCUGAAACAGUCAAGACUACAUCUACCAAGAGUACAAUUGAGUUCCCAUCUGAAACAGUCAAGACUACAACUACCAAGAGCACCAUUGAGUUGCCAUCUGAAACAGUCAAGACUACAACUACCAAGAGUACAAUUGAGUUCCCAUCUGAAACAGUCAAGACUACAACUACCAAGAGCACAAUUAAGUUGCCAUCUGAAACGAUCAAAACUACAUCUACCAAGAGCACAAUUGAGUUUCCAUCUGAAACAGUCAAGACUACAACUACCAAGAGCUCCCAAGAGCCUUUGAUCCCACUGAGCUCCCGAGAGACGCUUCAAAGCUGGGAAACCAGAAAAUAUGUCUCAAACUAUGCUUCGGACAGCCAGUCAGCUGACAAUGAUUCAGACAGCAAAACUGAAACCCUGAUCACUACAGAAGAAGAGCUAGAAGAGCUUGAAGCAGUGGGAGCAGACGACGCUGAGGAUGACGGGAAAUAUAGGGAGGAAAGCAGCACACGCUGGAGCAGUUGGAGGACACAAAGCAUAGCUUCCGAAACAGAGGCCACAGAAGAGAGUGAGCCGGAGCCACAGAGACCCCCGUCAGUCCCCUUGGACAGGGCCUUGGAGAACACCAUACAAGAGCUCGAUUCACUCGAGCCCAAGAAGAGCUUUGUGUAUGUGAAAGAGUACGUCAAUUCAGAGCUGGCCAACAACACAAGCCAAAAUGGAGGAAAUGAAUAUGUAUCCUCACGCACUUCCUCCUACUCCUACAGCAGCCCUCCUACCAAUUUCAGGAACUGCACAUACUGCGGAGAGCUGGUAGGAAGUGACGCAAAGAUCACCAUCGAGGACCUGAACAUCUACUGCCAUCCGAGCUGCUUCAAGUGUGGCGUGUGCAGUAGACCCAUGGGAGACCUGCUGUACAACAUGUUCCUGCAUCACUCAACGGUCCACUGUGAAACCUGUUACUCCAAUCUCUUCUAGCAUCUACAUAGGAGAUGAAAAACUGCAGAUGGAUAAGGAUGGAGUUUUACUUCUUUUAACGGAAACAAAAUAUACUAUCCUAGAGUAUAUACUCCACGAUACUGUGCCAAAGCACAAACUUUAUGUUUAUACUGCCUGCUUUUGAUUGGAACUACUUUAAAAACAUGAAUAUCACACUGGGAAUAGAGCAAUUGUAGCAGGAUGUCUGUAGGAUAGGGUUCUGAUAUCCAAACCCUGCAUGUCUUGACUGUUCUAUUUCAUUAUUUUCGUUGAUUCUCAUUACUGUGUUACUGUGUUAUAUGUAUGAUUUCUUAUCUUGAACAUUCCUCUAUAAUUUGUCAGCUUUUUGGACAUAUUCUACGAUUUACAUUGUAAGCAGCAUGUCAAAAAGUUAAAACAUUCUUAUGAAAUAUUAAACUUAACCACCAUACUUUUGGAAGAUUGCAACAUACUGGAUUUGAGUAUAGAAAGAGGUGGUCUGCUAUGAUGAUUGUAAACCAACCAUACUUUUAAAGAAAGGAAAAGCUGAAAGAUUAAUUAUAAGUCAAGAGAGCAGGUUGCCAACUACAAAGGUGUACUGGGUUAAAUAAAAACGGUU